GCUGAGGAGGAUGGGUCUGCAGGGCACACACAACCUGGUGAAUCGCUUUUCAUUAGAAUUUGGGGUCGGUCUACUUAUUCUCCCAGGAGAUCGUGGAUUGGCCAACUAGACGUGGCUUUCAGAGUGAGAGAUGAAACAACCAGACCGCACUGAUUCUUGGAUACAGUCGUCUGAGAAACUGUUGCUUAAAACCAAAACCAGCGUGGCAGACGGAAAUAGGGUGGUGUUCCACUUGUGGACAGGGAUCCAGCAGGCCUUUUGGGGACUCCGAGCCUGGACAUUUUCAAGAGCCAGUUCUAAGCAGGAAAACUUCAUUCUGCUUUGAAACCACUGCCCAAAGGUCAAAGGACUGAUGGCUGUGAAAUCCCAGCUCAGUGCUCCUAAGACCAAGAACCCCAACACCGGCAGCCACAGCAAGGCUGAAUCUCAAGGCCAAUGGGGCCGGGCCUGGGAGGUGGACUGGUUCUCCCUGGCCUCUGUCAUUUUCCUGUUGCUCUUCGCACCCUUCAUCGUCUAUUACUUCAUCAUGGCAUGUGACCAGUACAGCUGCUCGCUGACCGCCCCCUUGGUGGACAUCACCACUGGCCGUGCCAGUCUCCCAGACAUCUGGGCCAAGACGCCCCCAGUGACGGCUAAAGCUGCCCAGCUCUAUGCCUUGUGGAUUGGCUUCCAGGUGCUGCUAUACACCUGGCUCCCUGACUUCUGCCACAGAUUUCUGCCAGGCUACGUGGGAGGGGUUCAAGAAGGGGCCGUGACCCCAGCGGGAAUUGUGAACAAGUACCAGGUGAACGGGCUGCAAGCCUGGCUCAUCACUCACGUCCUCUGGUUUGCGAACGCUCACUUCCUGUCCUGGUUCUCCCCCACCAUCAUCUUUGACAACUGGAUCCCGCUGCUGUGGUGCGCCAACAUUCUUGGCUAUGCCGUGUCGACAUUCGCCAUGAUCAAGGGCUACCUGUUUCCCACCAACGCUGAAGACUGGUAUGUUCCUUAGUGGCUGGUUGAGCCUAAAGUGGAAGGUGGAUGCCUCCACCCAGGCCACCCAGGGCUGUCUGCUGCCUGCACGGGAGGCUGUGAAGCCCUGAGGAGUGAGACUCCUGGAGGGAGGAGGAUGGAGAGAGACCCUGGAGGAGGAGGUGGACAGAACUUGCUCGACUGUGGGUCAGCCUUUCCAGUGUCUGGUGGUUUCUUCUGCUUUGGAAAGAAUGCAGCUGUCUGUGACCACGUCAGCCUGGAGUGUGUCAUGGGAGCAGUUAAACCAGAAAGUCGUCUUCUAGCCAUGGGCAAAGCAGACCAUGCCUCUUUCUUUGAGUUCUCUCAUGGCCUCAGAAGUCUUCAGGAAGAACCACAUCUCACCAGCUUUGCCAUAACUGCUCCCCAGGAGACCCCUGCUUGCUGUACCCGUUCUCAUGAAAGCCUGGUUGGAGGCCAGCCAUCCAGUCCCAUCCGCUCCACCAUCCACCCAUCCAUAUAUACAUACAUGCAUAUGCCUGUUCGUCCAUACAUGCAUGCAUCCAUC